UGUUGCAGAGAGGCUACACCGUCCAUGCCACUCUCAGGAAUCUCGGCGCGUUUUAUCACCCUUUCACGUGGCGUUAAGAUUUGAUUUUGUUUUUUUUUUCGUUGAAAAUUUUGGUGUUUGUAGGAGAUCCGACGAAGGUGGGGCUUCUGAAAGAGCUUCCUAAUGCGGAUUCGAAACUGAAAUUGUUCGAGGCAUAUGUCUACAAACCUGAUGGAUUUGCUCUCGCCAUUCAUGGCUGCCAUGUCGUCAUCCAUAUGGCCACUCCAUUGCAGCACACCCCACAAACCUCCCAGUACAAGAACACGGGGGAGGCAGCUGUUGCUGGAGUCAGGAGCAUAGCGGAAGCGUGCAUCAGAGCCGGGACUGUGAAGAAACUCAUUUACACCGCCAGUGUGGUGGCUGCAUCUCCAUUGAUGGACGGCGCCACUGGUUUCAAGGACACCAUGGACGAGACUUGUUGGACUCCUUUUGAUUUCCCAACUCCUUACCGUAUCGAUCACUUUGUGGAAUACACGAGAUCAAAGACAUUAGCAGAGAAGGAAGUGUUGAGCUACAACGGGAAAGGCAUACAAGUCGCAUCUCUUGCUCUCGGCCUUGUUGGAGGGCACGAGACGCUUCAGUCAUGGAUGCCGGAGAGCUUGGGUUCAAUGGUCUCCCAAGCGACGAAUGAUAAGAAUAGGUAUCAAGGCCUAAGGUUUCUAGAGGAGUUGUUGGGAAAAGUGCCAAUUGUACAUUUGGAAGAUGUUACUGCAGCCCACAUUUUCUGCUUGGAACACCCGCAUAUCAAUGGCCGGUUUCUUUGUGCUAGCUCCUUCCUUAAAUCUGUUGAGAUCGCUUGUUACUAUCAGCUCCACUUUCCCCUCAUUAAAAUCCCUCAAGGGUUCAUUGAGGACACAAUGAGGGACACAGAGUGGGGUUCAAGAAAGUUGGAAGAAGCAGGUUUUGAAUGGAAAUAUGAUUAUAGUACGAUUCUUUCCGACAGUCUGCAAUGCGCCAAGAGAUUCUGCAGUAUCCUCAACUGAACUAUAUGGUUAUCAGUAUCUUGAUGAGGUCGGAAUGCACCAAGAGAUUCUAUAAUCUCCUUAAUUGAACUAUGGUUCUCAGAAUCUUGUACCAAUAACAUGUUUAUCAAUCAAUACUACCGUAGUAU